AUGCCUCGGUAUGAAUGGGCUAGCUCAACCGGUGUGACACCACGGCCUCACAGAAAACCGACGAAACACAACGCAAGCGUUGUUUCACGUCGAAUGUGUGAGGUUACCGGAGGCCCAAUUACCACCCCCCCCCCCCCCUAGUCCUUAAUCUCCCGAAUCCCCGAAUCCUCCACAAUCCUCAAAUUCCCAAUUCCCAAAAGGCCGGUAACGCACUUGUAACGCGUUGGUGUUUCGGAUGUCUAUGGGCGGCGCCGAUUGCUUACCAUCAGGUGAUCCGUCUGCUCGAUUACCGGGUUAUGCCAUAAUAAAAAAGUAAAGCCUAGCUAUAGGUAUCAAAU